AUGGCUACCGAAUUGACUGUCCAGUCCGAACGCGCCUACCAGAAGCAGCCACAUAUCUUCCUCAACCAGAAGCAAAAGGCGGCGAAGAGCAAGAAGUCAGGAAGUGGUCGAAGAUGGUACAAGGACGUCGGUCUGGGCUUCAGAACACCUAAGACUGCCAUCUCAGGCAGCUACAUCGACAAGAAAUGCCCAUUCACUGGCAUGAUCUCAAUCCGCGGUCGCAUCCUCACCGGCACCGUCAUCUCCACAAAGAUGCACCGUACCCUCAUCAUCCGAAGAGAAUACCUCCACUUCGUUCCCAAAUACUCCCGAUAUGAGAAGAGACACACCAACCUGGCGGCCCAUGUGUCACCAGCUUUCCGUGUUGAGGAAGGCGACACAGUCACCGUUGGCCAGUGCCGACCCCUCAGCAAGACUGUCCGCUUCAAUGUCCUCCGCGUGCUUCCCCGUACUGGCAAGGCUGUCAAGGCGUUCACGAAAUUCUAG